GUAGUGUUCAAUGUGAAUAUUGAUGUAGAUCAAGGGUUGGUUUUACACACUUUUUGUCCAGGGUGUAAAUCUGUUAUAACUUUUGUAUCUGAUUGAUAAAAUCAUCAAAACAAAGUGGUGACGGCUCCAUUAAUGACUUGUUGUGUGCCAAACAAAAGGUGACAAAUACGGCACAUUAAUCAGGACUGGCCUAGAGGCAGGGAAGUGGUCAUUUUGUGGACAUUUGCUGACCAACUGGACCUUGGAUGUUGUGCUGUGUUAAUUAAUUUAAAGUUUCCCAACCUUUCACUUUGUUAAUGUAAUAUAUAUGUGCAUACACUAUAUAUAAACAAAAUAUGUCAUUUGAGUUGUUGUCUGUUGAUGAUGAAUUGAUGAUCCAAAAAAUUGUUAUUGUUUCCAACUCUGUGAGCUGCUGAGCUGGAAAUUUUCUGGAAAUGAAGGUAAUUCAAAAAGCUUGAAAGAGAUGUCAUAAACAAAUUUAAUGUUUUAGUUUACAAUGAUUUAUGUUAUUUUUAUGUUAGAGGUUAACAAUAAGAUUCUUACAUGAUAAUUUCAAUGAUUUAAAAGAUUCUGUACCUCUGAACAUCAUAGCCAUUUAUUAGUGACAACUUAGAUAUAUGUAAAAAAUAUUUUUAUUUAUUUGCAAGCAGCUGCAUGCUGGUAUUUUUGUGUCAGUGAUUGAGGUACAUAGACCAAAAACAAUUAUUCACACUAAUGGCAACAUGUACCAAAAAAUACUAAUAUUUACUUUGAAGAUCUUAAAAAGAAUAUGAAAAAUAGCAUACAUCCAAAGCUAAAAUUCUUCUUUCAUAAAAUCAGAUAAAUUAAGCACUGAAGUAGGGAUGGCUGUGAUGAUGAGUCUGAUUUAUAUAGCCCAUAAAAUAAUUUUUUUUAAAAUUCCAACCGAUAUAGUCUGUGUAACUCAUAUAGUUACUUAUGUAUUAAGGUUAAAUUGAUAUACUUUGAACAUUCUAAUGCAUAGUUUAUUGCUUUAGAAAUUUAAAAGUAGAGUAUCAAAUAACUUAGGCUGACACAGAAAUUCUUUAUAAAAACGUCCUCAGUGUAUACAUAUUAUAUGACAAUGUGGGGGUAUUAUUCUCCUUCUUAUUGAAAUAAACUGUUUAUGAAAUGCAACAGCUAUAUAUAUUGAAUACAAGACCUUGUGUUUACAUGAGCUGGCACAGAUAAUCCUGUAAUCUGUCACCCCUGAUUAAGUGCUAAAACACACCUUGGUACCUGAACAGGUAUAUUUAUUAGUAUUCAUACUAUAUGUAGUACAUUUUAAUACUAGUGACAAACAAGUUACUCAUCAAUUUGUGUAUACAGGACUUUUGACAGCUUUUUGUGUUCAAACUUGAGGUGUAAACACAUGUACUAUAAUCAUGCAAAUGAUUUACGUCACUGUGGUUUAAACACUGGGUCAUCACAGUAAUCCAAGAGGGUUUCUAGAAUGUGGACAAUACAUUUAUGAUUUUUAAUUAAUUCUAAGGAAGUUUAAGAAACCCACUGCUGAUUUAGGAUAGCACGUACAACUCACAGUUGCUGGAAAGGGUGAUGGGUCACCAUCAUGCAGUUACUUAGUGAGAAAGACCGCAAACUCUUUGUACUCUUUGUACAUAGUACACUUUGCUUCUUGAAGAUUUUAUUAUCAGUCAAUAAUUUUGUGAAUGGACUUGGGUUUUAUGUUGCGGUUUGAAUAUUCCUGCCUGAGUGCAGUGAAAUGUUUCAUAUGCACCAUCAUGCUUUUUCAGAAAAUUUUUCAUAGGAAACAUGGUCACACCUACAUAUUUGUAAGCAAACCAUAUACAGGAAAAUGCUCAGUGUAUUAUGAGAAGCAUUUUGUACUGAGCUGUGAGAAAGUUUAAGAAGGCGGCAAUGAAUUUUAAGUGGUCCAGUGUAGACAGUCCUAGGAAAUCGUGAUCUACUUGUAAAUAUUUAACAUAUCUGAUGGCGGUAUCAUGUUUCUGUAUAGUCCUUGUCGUUGUUGAUAUCAUUAUUCAUUUCCUAAGAAACAGAAGGAUUUUUGAGACAGUGGCUUUUCUCAUGGCCUGAUGAGAAAUCUUUUAAGGUGAUGGUUCCAUUAGCUUUGGACACUCUGUUGCAUGAUUAGAUGAUGGGUGUGAGGAAGAAUUCAGAAAUAACCAAGAUAUUACUGGCAAAGGCUCUGUAUGACAACAUAGCAGAGACCCCUGAUGAGCUGGCAUUCAGACGUGGGGAUGUGCUGACCGUCAUUGAACAGGAUGCCAAUGGCUUGGAGGGGUGGUGGCUGUGUUCCUAUAGGGGUAGGCAGGGGAUUGCCCCUGGAAACCGUCUCAAAUUGUUGUCAGGAAUGACUGAAAAUGGCCAUCCUGAAAAUGUGUACCAGACUCCACCAUCAUCCAACAAGAACUGGAAUCGUAGGAGCUGGGAUGUCAGCAGCCAUCAGGUUCUGACUCCGAUGCGACAGGGAGAUAUCUUCCAGUUCAACACCCCACCACAGCAUGACUACGAUGUUCCUCCUGUCAGACACAGUCGAGGGAAUUCCAUAGACCGUACGGUACUAGAAGGGGAGAUGAACUAUGACACCCCACCUGUAUUGAAAAACAGUAUGGAAAUAAACAUGCCUGGAUUCUCCGUGUAUGAUACUCCACCCUCCACUCAAAAAGAUGGGAGAAAUAUGUCUUACAAUUCCUGUGGAGAGGAUGAGGUUUAUGAUGUUCCACAACCAUCCUCCAAUAGAUCUAGUAUCGCGUCCAACAUUUCUCACUUGUCAAACGAAUCUACCAUGACAGUUUCAACCAGCAGUGCUUCAAACAGAAGCCGUGGAGGUAAAAAUUCUGGUCCCCAGAGUACUUGUGACUCCGCACGGUCAAGUAUGGACAUCACCGCACAUGACUUUUAUGAUGUUCCACCCUCACAGUCUUCAGCUGUGUACCAUUUGAAGCAGCCUUCGGCUGAUUCUGGUUUAGAUCUGUAUGAUUCUCCACAAAAGGUUAGAACAGUGCUAGAGGACCUACCAGACUACGAUGUGCCAAAAUCUGAUACUGUGGUACCAAAACAGAGAUCUUCUGAUGGAAACUUUAUUCAAAUCGGUGAAAAUGCAUAUGACGUUCCGGAUGGAAAAUCUGUUGAACAUGACAUUGAUGAUGUGUAUGAUGUUCCUAGAAAUAAUACUCUUGUGAGAAAAGGAGAAAAAUCAAUUUUGAGUAUCACUGAGGAUAAUUCAAAAACUGACCAGUUGGAGUUGCGGAAAUGUGAAGGAUUUGGUGGUGUGUAUGACAUUCCUCCUCAAGUUACCCGUGAUUCAAUUCUGUCUUCCAAAUCAGAUUCAUCAGACAGCACAGAUGGACAGAGAGUGUCUGGAUGUAGUCUUGGAUCCAGGGAUUCGGAUAUUCCAAUUUACGAUGAACUUCCUCUGGAUCUGGAUGCUGCUAUGGAUCUCAUGGUGAAACUUCAGCAGGAUGUUCAAAAGGCUACGACCAAAUUAUCCAGCUUUGUAAGCAGCAACUGGAGAAAACGAGAAAACUUGGAAUCCAAACUUUAUGGCAUAAAAAUUGCCUGUAAUGGUGUGAAACAGACUUUCGAUGAAUUUCUUGAUUUUGCACAGGGAACUCUUGCAAAUUCAGCUCGUCUUCCAGACAGAAAACUCAUUCACAAACUUCAUAAACAGCUAAAUCCUCUACAGCAGACUUUGUUACAAAUCAAAAUUUGUCUUACCAAUCUGGACGAAAAUAACUGGCAGGUUUCAAGACUAGUAUCUGAUGAUCCUGCUAAAAAUGAUGACUUAGGAAAAAUUGCCAAUGUUUCAAAAGAUCUUACAAUAGAUGUCCGAAAACUUGUAUCCAUCAUUCAUGGCAACUCUUCCCUUCUAUUUAAACGAGCUAAAGAUGGCACCCCUUUAAAAGGGGAUGGAAAACUCGAAGCUUGCAAUACUCCUUCCUCCAAACCGCCAUUGAGACCGAAAUCAAACACACCUUCCAAAUCCGCAAUGACUCCAGAAAGAGUCUCUGAUGUCCAGCAGAGACCAUUACCACUACCUCCAGGCAAAGAGAGGCCUCUACCACCUACACCUCUCAAAGUGAACUAUGCUCACUCUGUGGAGGGAUUGACCAGGCCUGUUCCUGAUAACAGUAACGAGACCAAACAGUUAUCCGAGGAGAUGGAAAAUCUGUCCAUUGAUGUAAAAGAACAAAAGGCUUACAAUGAUGAGGACAUCGCUGAUGAAUAUGACUAUGUGGCAUUGGAAGCAAAAGAUGCAGAGGAACAUCAGAAAAAUCUGUUGAUGGAAAUUGAGCAAGAGAAGAGAAAAGCUGUGAUUCAUGAGGACCUGGAUGACAAGCCAGUGAAAGAAUCAGCUGCAUCUGAGUUAUGUCCCUUAAAAUCGUUAACAGACAUUCAGAAUUCUCUCAGUGAGGACCAGGAUAUUUGUGAUGAAAUGGAGAGUGUGAAAACUCCUGUUAAUCGGACAUUUGUGAUUGAUCCUGCGAACUGUAUUCCCAACAUGUUAAGACUGGACCCAAAUGACAAACAAGUGUUGAACUUCUACUCAGGGCAAUUGGACACUCAUACAACUUUACUUAACAAUGCAAUAGAUGCCUUCUUUAACUGCAUUGAAUGUGGCCAGGGACCCAAAAUAUUUAUUUCACAUAGUAAAUUUGUGGUGGUGUCAGCUCACAAACUUGUGUACAUUGGUGAUAAUUUACACCGAAAUAUUCUGCACAAUGAAGUCAAGACUAAAAUUAUGCACUGUGCAAAUCAUUUGUGUGAAGCGUUAAAGUUGACUGUGAAAGCAACAAAAACAGCAGCCCUUCAGUACCCCUCUGUGCCGGUGGUACAGGAAAUGGUAGACCGGGUGGUGGAUGUUUCACAUGCUGCAUAUGAACUUAAAACUGUGAUUGGACAAGCUUCAGCAUUGUAAACUUUUGUUAUUUAUAAGUGCUUUAUAUAUAUUUUUUUGUUGAUAUAUUUAUUAUUUUGAUGUCUUUUACAUUGAUAAUAGACAGAAAAAUAUUCUUUGGGCCAUAAAUAAGGAGUCAAUUUGCUACUGAUGUACAGAUUUCACAGCAGCAAUAACAAGGUGGUGAAAUAUUGUUUUGUCUUGUUCUGCAAAAUAUUGGUGAAUGCUAUGUACAAUAAAUAUGGUUGUGCUGUAUUGUGAAUUUGGUAGCACUUCUCAGAAGUGUUUGCACUAUAAUUUUAUUCAAUGAUCUCAUCCUCACAGGCACGGUGCUCAGAACAAAAUCAUCUAAUUUUCCAUGAAUCACAGUGACAUCUUGUAAAGUAUUAUUUUCCAUAUUUGUUGUACACUCAAAGGGAAAUAACUCUGAUAUCACCCUAUACUACCAAGAUUUGUAAAUGUGCCUUACUUUCACUCCAAACAGAUGCAGCAUUAGAACCUCUCAGAAUUAUGCAAACUAACAGACAUAGAUGUAGAAUCAAAGCAUCAAUGACUUGUCAAUUGUGUUCAACCUAUUUUUUUUUCUUCUCAUAUAUAAAACAAGUUUCUCCUGGUAUUUUUUUUCUAAGGAAUAUUUUAUUUGACUGUAACAGGAUUUAUUUUGUUGUGUAAUAUUACACCUGUAUAUUAGCUGUAAUACACUAUCAUUUUGUAUAACUAGAAAUCUAAUAUUUUUGAACCAAUUUUGUCCAAAAUUGAAACUUGCUCACUCAUUUAUCGCAGUAAUGCCAAGCAGAAUAAUUACGUAGGUUACUAGGACGACACACACCAUCUCCUUGUAACAGUCAUCAUGGGAAACGAGGGAGACUAGUGUGGAAAUUCAUUGUAAUCCUGUCUGUAUGUGAUUCUUACAAAGCAAUAAAAAUAUAUAUUCUACAA